UUGAAGACUAUUGCAUCCUCUCCAACAAACCCAUAUUCUCCCUGCAGAGUAGUGAAGCCCCGUGUCAACUCACUGAGGCCCAAGGGGUUAGGGCUGGGUGCCAACCUGACUGAGGCCCAGGCCUUGACCCCCACCGGCCCCUCCCACAUGCCAAGGCCAGAUGAGGAGCAAGAGAAGGAUAAGGAAGAUCAGCCUCAAGGGCUGGUGCCAGGAGGAGCUGUGGUGGUUCUUUCUGGCCCUCACCGAGGCCUCUAUGGGAAGGUGGAAGGCCUCGAUCCUGACAAUGUUCGGGCCAUGGUUCGUCUGGCUGUGGGGAGCCGGGUGGUAACUGUUAGUGAGUACUGCCUGCGGCCUGUCUCCCAGCAGGAGUUUAAUAAGAACACCUUGGACCUCAGGCAACAGAACGGAACUGCCUCAUCACGGAAGACCCUCCGGAAUCAAGAACUCCACGUCCAGCAGGACAACUCAGAGAAGAAGCGGAAACACCUUCCAGACCGGUGGGACUCUGAGCAUAUGGGAGGGGUCAAGAGACUGGAUGGGCCUGCAGCCAAGAGUGAGAAAGCAGCCCGCAGGAGUCAGCACUGGUUGCACAGGGACCUGCGCGUGCGGUUUGUGGACAAGAUGUACAAAGGAGGCCAAUAUUACAACACCAAGAUGAUAAUUGAAGAUGUCCUAAGCCCAGAUACCUGUGUAUGUCGGACAGAUGAAGGCCGAGUUCUGGAAGGCCUGAGGGAAGACAUGCUGGAGACCCUGGUUCCCAAGGCAGAGGGUGACCGUGUGAUGGUCGUGCUGGGCCCACAGGCUGGAAGGGUGGGACAUUUGCUGAGCCGGAACAGAGCACGGAGCCGGGCUUUGGUGCAGCUGCCAAGAGAAAAUCAGGUGGUGGAGCUUCACUACGAUGCCAUCUGCCAGUACAUGGGCCCUAGUGACACAGAUGAUGACUGACCCAUGGGACUGCUCCCAUCCCCAGGCUGGUACCAGUUCUGUACCAUAUGAGAAAGUUGCCUUCAAGAAGGUGGGAAGAUCAUUGUUCCAUCCUCUGCUUCUGGUGCAGUCCUGGGACAAGGACAAGGGAAAGGGAUGGGUAAACCAGUAGGGAAGCUAGAAACAAACCCAAGGUUUACCAAAAUUUAGGGUAUAAUAAAAACCAUUUCAAGUACUUAAUAGAAA